CUAAUCUACAGUGCGAGUAGCUCUCCAUCAAAAGUAUCAGAGACAUUCUCUCACCGUAAGAUGACCAGUAACAUUUACUACUACUACUAUUCCGCGGCAGCGGUUCCGAGUCCCACCUUGCCAAUUUUGGGGGCGGCCCACUUUACAACAGCGGACGCAACGCCGUUCACAACCAUUGUAAUUAUCCGGUGGGAUUGUUCCACUCAUCCGUUUUGGUCUGUGGCGGUAGUUGAGGUGCUGCCAUUAGUCUGAGUCUGCUGCCGUAUCUGCUUCCGAACAGAUACCAUCGGGAAGCGCGGUCGUUUGCUGCUGUCCUUAUUGACACCAAGGCAACCUCAUUCAUUGGCUUGUUGGUUGGUUGCUUCUUCCGGCUCCUCUCGGUCUAGUAGCUGUCCCUGCGAUUUUGUCGGCUACAUUCCAUCCAUCCAUCCGCUCUGUACUCUGCCAAUAGCAACAUACCCAUCCCAUCAGUUGAGAUCUCUCAAGCUAGCUAGUCUUGGUUUUCCCAUACAUCCGAUUGCUGCUACCCAAGAGAAGAUUGAAUUCCCUUAUUAUUUAUUUCUAUUCCUUCCGACUAACUGUUACUAUCCAAGAACAAGAACAGAACAGAAUCAGUCAAGAUGGUCCGAAGAAGAGAGUUGGUACAACGUCUGAUCUUGCUGCUAUUAGCGGCCAGUCAUCAAAGUCCUUGCGCUUCCGCUCAGACGACAACGCGAAAACCCAAGCAUCACUCGAACCUUCGAACGCAGAACAACCACCAGGAACACCCGCACAAGGAGAAAAGGGCCAUCAGCGGCAGUGAUCAAUACGACCCCAACCAUGACAGAGUUAUUACUAAUCCACAAGGAGAACAACAACAACAAGAUGACAAGAGGGAUCUGCUAAACAUAGACACAAGGGUCGUUGGUGGCGACAUUGUCAACGAUCUCGACAAGCAUCCAUUCUUUGCCGAAUGGCACGGACAAUUUUGUGGAGGAGCGUUAAUUCACGACGACUUGGUCAUUACGGCAGCCCAUUGCAACAAUGCCGGAACAAUAUCCCCCUCGGUCUACUUUCGAAAUAUCGAACGCCGACAAUCCGGAAGUGUCAUACGGUCCAUUAUCGAUCAUGUCGCACAUCCCAGUUACAAUGCACAAUACUCCACACGGGAUCACGAUUAUCUAUUGCUCAAACUAGACCAAUCCGCCUUGGUCGAUAGUCAAGGGAAUCCUACCGGAGUCCAAAUUAUUGACAUUAAUACCAACCCAAAUGUCCCCGCGACAAAUGAUGCCUUGUGGGGUAUCGGGUACGGUCAGAUUGGAGAAGAUAUCGCGGGCAUGUCGGACGUAUUGAGAGACGCGGAAAUUGUCGCCUUUGCCAAUCAGCGGUGCGAAAAUCAAUACGGACAGUAUUUUGAAGAAUCUUACAUGUUCUGUAGUGGCGUCAAUGGUGGAGGCAUUGAUACCUGUCAGGGUGACAGUGGAGGCCCCAUUGUGCACCAAGCCACCAAUACACUCGUAGGAAUCGUAUCCUUUGGAAUCGGAUGCGCUCGUGCCAACUACGCAGGAGUCAACUCGCGGGUGAGUGCCGCACAGGAUUGGAUCAAUCGGUCCAAGUGCGAGUACAGUGCCUAUCCGUUUUGCGAUGGUGACUACACAUCCCAAUCGACACCACCGCCCACGCCUGCACCGGGCGGCAGUAGCGGAAACAGACAAAGCCCUGGUUCCGUCACCGUCACCGUUGUCAUGGACGAUUAUCCGGAAGAAAUUUCGUGGACCAUGAUUGCCCAAGGGGCACAAACAGCCAUGUAUUUUCUUCCCUACGAGGGCAUUACGGUAGCAGGUGCCACGGACGACCAAAGGUUUAACGAUCUCACGCAAGGGGUCACGUACUUGUUCAAAGUGAGUGAUUCCGAAGGCGAUGGCAUCUGUUGCUCCUACGGCACGGGGUCAAUCACGAUUUACGAUAAUGUCAAGGGCGCAGAGGUGUGGUCGAGUAGGGGGAACUUUGGAUCGUACUACGAGGUGGACUUUGAUAUUCUUGUCAAUGGCCAUGUCAGAGUCACUAGCCGUUCGGCACACUACCAACCGUCCACGUGGGAAGAUCACGAAGCCCAGAUCGGUCCUUCUAUUCAGCAACAGCCAAGUUGGCCUGGAGCCAUGCCCGUCCAAAAUGCAUCCAGCAUCGUCAUCAAUGUCUACACGGACGACUAUCCCGAGGAGAUAUCAUGGCAGGUGCAUCGGAAGCAAUCCAAUGUUCAGUCGAACGAGCCUUGGACUCUCGUCGAAGAGUGGAAUGGCCUCACGGCUCCUCUUCGACAACUGGUAUCGACCGAAAUCGAAACGCUACAACGAGGGUGGCAUCGCGUGAUCUUGAGCGAUUCCGAGGGCGACGGUCUCUGCUGCAAUUACGGGUCCGGAUAUUUCAGUCUUACAGGUCCGAUCGCGGCCAACAAUGGUCGGAAAGGUUUGGUUUGGGGCAACGAUGGCUUGUUUUGGGGCAAGGACGAAAUCUACUUUCACGUGAGCAACGCAGGAUUCAUCUCGCACAUUACCUACUCGGAAGUUGCAACGACCGCGAUCAGCCGCACAAUAGAGCAAGGCACAGGGACUUCCUCUGGCACUGCACCAUAGCACACACAUCAAGACCUACGCAUGCAUUGCUAGGAUGCAUGCAUCAUGGAGCAACACAAAGCUAUGAAGGGCGGGGCCGCAUUCACGACACAGAGCUCCGCGUGCACACCUGUAACGUCAUCUCCAAAAGCAACGCACCAGUCUAGCACCUGUAAAACUAGGGUAGCAUUCAAACUAUAUUCGAAAGAAAGCCAAGAUAGUUGCCUGCAGAUACCAUACAACAUUGUGUCCCAAUUGUGGACAUGACAACCAGUUUGGUGGCAUUCUUCAACGAGAAAGACCCAAACAUAACUCCUGACGCUGUUGGCACUUUGGGCUUUCUCACAAGGGCUUCAGCUCCAAAUCCAUCUUGACCAAUAGACGAGGAGGCUUUGACUCUUGGCCAAUAAAACAAAGCGGUAGCGACACAGCAAACACAUACAAAACCAACAGUGAUUGGCGUGCGUGGUCGUGGUCCUGGCAUUUAUUUUGCAUUGUGACUUUCAAGUUGUGACUUUCUCUUGUAUGCAGGAGUCAAACCUGGUUGGCAUUGACCUUCUGUAGACCACUAAGGUUAGCAUUUAAUCUAUCCCCGGGAAAGUGGUACAGUACUGAAAGUACGUAGGUUGCUCGUAGAGCAUAAAUUCCUUCUUCGAAGAAGAAAGCAGCUGCAUCCAACUGGUAAGCAUCAAAGAACACCCCGCCUUCUGCUCGCCCAUCCAGCCAACCAAGAGCGCC